AAACCCAUUGAAGUAGAAAGGUGAAACUUAUAAAUCCUCCUCCAUUAAUAUCAUCAUCAGAAGGGGGGAAAACACACACACACACAGAGAAACAAACAGUGUGAAAAAAGAAAAAUGGAAUGGAGGAAGUGUUAUUUGGAUGUAAUAUUAGUUCCAUUAGGGUUUAUGAUAUGUAUGGGAUAUCAUAUUUGGUUAUGGCAUAAGGUUAAAACUCAACCUUUUAAUACUAUUAUUGGAACCAAUGCUAAUGGAAGACGUGUAUGGGUUUCUGCCAUUAUGAAGGACAAUGACAAGAAAAACAUAUUGGCAGUUCAAACAUUCAGAAACACAAUAAUGGGAUCAACUCUAAUGGCCACAACAUCAAUCCUUCUUUGUUCUGGCCUAGCUGCAGUAAUAAGCAGCACUUAUAGUGUUAAAAAACCCUUAAACGACGCCGUUUAUGGGGGUCAUGGAGAAUUUAUGGUGGCACUAAAAUAUGUGACACUUUUGCUAAUUUUCCUCUUCUCAUUCAUUUGUUAUUCCAUAUCAAUUAGGUUCAUAAACCAAGUGAAUUUCCUAAUCAAUUGUCCAGAAGAUAUUUUUGGAAUAGUGAGCAUUGAAUACAUCUGUGAAUUACUUGAAAAGAGCUUCAUUUUGAACGCAGUGGCGAAUAGGUUGUUCUAUGCAGCAUUAACACUUGUACUUUGGAUAUUUGGACCUGUGUUGGUUUUCUUGUGUUCUAUUAGUUUGGUCACUGUGCUUUACAAUCUUGAUAUUGUAAUUUCUCAUGAUGAAAAGGGCAAAAUGGUACAUAAUCAUCAUCAUGAGAAUGGUAUUAAUGGUGCUGCUGAAUUUGUUGUAUCUGUCUAAAAAAUGAGAUAGUACUUGAUUAUGGACUAUUACCAAUCAAUAAGAAUGUUGUUCCUUUAUGUCU